CCAGAACCUGGCAUCUUUGCAGCACUCUGUGUAGGCCCUACCAUCGGUCCCUUCCGAACUAUUCCAUCUGAGUUCUUCUCGUUGAUCUCACCUAUUGCGACUGCUGGAUCCGGUCUAGUCGGUGCCCUUGCUGCAAGCGUCUGAUUGACGACAGUCCUGUAGGGAAUCAACCCUGUGCACAGACGCUGGACGCUGGACGCUGGACGCUGGAGCGCUUGACUCCGGAAAAAGCUUCUGCUCCAUCACCUCCAUCCACCACGUUGCGUUACAAUAAUUGCUCGCAUCUGACACCGCAUCUCUCCUCCUCCAUCCGUGCUACUUCCACUCCCCGACUCCCACUCUCCCGAAUACUACCACCGAUACCCUCGAAUCCACACCCGCCGCUUUCCAGGGAAUUUUGUCGCAUCGACCUCCUCAUCCCUUCGUCGCUCAUUAGCGAUAUCUAUACCGUCUGAACCAUCUUCCGAGCCUGAACCCUGCGGGUAGUGUUGUGUAUUUCGACCUCAAAACUUCCAAACCGCUGCCAUCCUCAACGCUCUGUCCCGCAAGCCGGCCUCUUCGACAACCCUCCAGAACCUCGAGUGCGCCUGCACACCGCAUUUCACGUCUUCUUCCUCCUCCAACCUCCACGUCCUCCCGUGGGUGCAAUCCCACCUCGCACGACUUGGAGCCACCGAGACGAUGUCUUAAGUUGUUCAACCAUUUUGUACACCGAUUUUCUUCGUUUCACCUGUUGUGGCUGCCAUGGCCCAAGCAAUGGACGCCCAUUCGAGCUUCGUCUUUCUGAUUGACAACCUUCCCACCUGGCGGGCCAGCAUUGAAGCAUUAUCUGCCCAUGCUGCUGAAAACCAUGCCAAGUUCGCCGCAGAAUAUUCUCAACUCGUGAACCAAGUCCGACCGAAACGCAGGAAGACUCCCUCGAUUUCCUCGAUCCACACUCAUGAGCAGGAACAAGGGGAUGACCAGGCUCACACAGUCCAGAGCGCUGAUGGCCCGUCUUCGUCUGAUCCCAGGCCAAUCAAUCCGCUCGAGGCCGGGAACAAGUAUCUAUAUGCACAGGCGCGAAAAAAAAGGAAGCCGGGUCCUUCCAUCCGUUCUGGUGCUUCGGGGCCUCAGAAAUUCAGAAACAGACAUCAGGUUGUCGUCUAUUAUGAUGGAUAUCUCCAAGAACAGCUCGAUGCUAUGGUGAAGCAGAUUGGGAUUGGCCGGAAUAACCUGCGAAAAAACAAAGCCGCAUUUGCAGCUGCCCGAGGAUUCCGACUUCCCACGUUCACCGCUCGAACCAGCCAUGGUCUCUCCAUGCUCGACGACAUCAGAAGUUCCACGAUAUCCCGGAGUACCUCGGCCUUGGUGCCAGGCAAGAACCGAGUUCCUGCUCGGAAUGCGGCUACCUCUAACGAGGAAGCAAGCUUUCUACAGAUGGAUGAAGAGCUUCAGCAGAUCCAGGAACUGUGUGAGACAGCGGCCCACCGCUUCCUACAAGACGGUGACUGCAAGACUGAGCUUGAGUCGAUGUUGCAGAAGUUUGAUGCUCUUGUUCCGCAGGCAUCUGCAGCUGCAGAGAGUGUGAAGAAAGUUCAAGAGGAGAGCCAAGAAACGUCGCACGCCGAUGAUUUUGGUUCAGAGUUCAAUCACAGCUAUGCUGAUUCAGACGGCUCUCUGUCAACCAAACCGUCGCUCGAUCACCUGCCCACACCGAAAAUUGGUGUUGCAAGAGAUCAGAGUCCUCUUGCGCUCAGCCAACCUUUGGACGGCAUGAAGCCACAUGGGUCCUACAGUGCCCCUGACAUUGCAUCUGGUGACAACCCAGCCGGUCAGCUGAGCGACGCUAUCGAGGUUGACGACGCCAGCGACCAAGGCUCUAUCGUGCUGGAUAUCUCUCAGUAUCGUCUUACGAACCCGCGACGAGUGAGGCUUUGAUCAGCCUCGGAUACCUGUGAGACCUUUUGUGUAUCUGACAGAUUUUUUCUUGUGUGAACUAUUUAUUUGUCGAAUUUGUCGAGCGUUUCAGCGUGUUUUGCCUUGUUUGGAGAAUAUGGGAGCAACCGAGUGCGAAUUGUGUCGGGCUGGUUUUCUUGCGGCAUCUAGCGGGAGGCAGGCGAGCGACCUUAGCGAAAGGGGCAGGUUGUGAGUGGAGGAAGUUUGGCUUUUCAGGUUCUACAUUUCAACGACUGAAUCCCUAGCAGUCGUCACCAUGGCGGGCAGGCUAGCCGGGAUUCACUCUCACAUGCCUGUGGAGGUGAUGCAAUAUCGGUGCACCUCAGACCGCAGCAGGUCAAAAAGACCCGGAUUGGGUUCAUUCGACUUAUGAAUUGCCGUUUUCCUCCCGGCCUACCGACAUGGAAACACAUGGAUUUGGCCGGACUUUGGUGAUCCGGACAGUUUGGCCCUACCAAGGAGGAGAUCAUGGUAAAGAGACAGAAAGGAAGUGAUGGCAUGGAAGAAAUUGUAACGGCCGCUUUGGGAUGAAGGGUGGCAUGGGUUAAUGGUUCUCGGAUGGUCCAGAUCGAGGAUGGAAGUGGACAGAGAGGUGCAAUGGCAAACAGCUGCGCCUGGAACUGGGAUGAGGGAUUGUGCAUUGAAAGUGUUUUUGACCUGGAAUUGCAUCCAACCCCGAUAUCUAUAUCUAUCUAUAUCCCCUAUCCCUCUCUAUUUGCCUCUCGAAAAACUUUGGUGAUACAGGACCACUACCUCGUACUGAUGUGGUCUCCAUCGUCUGCAUGUCC